AAAAAGUAGAAAAAAAACAAAUCGAGGAAGACCAAGCAAAAAAAAAUCCACCCCAACGCUGGCAGUUCAGCCCUCGAACACCGGAGAAAGCCAGCUCGUCGGAAGACCUUCGACCUCCCCCGCGAUCUCGAGGGGCAAUCAAUCAAUCCGGCCGUCGUUCGCACGGCCGCCGAACGCCGAUUCGCCAUGGCCGCGGCGGAAUCGGCCGGCCUGCGGCGCGGGGCGGGGGCGCGGGCCCGGAGGAAGGCGAAGGAGGCGGCGGUGGGCGCCGCCGCUAGGGCGCUCUUCUACCCGACGCUGCUCUACAACGUGGUGAGGAGCAAGGUCCAGGCCGAGUUCCGGUGGUGGGACGAGGUCGAUCAGCUCAUUUUGCUUGGAGCUGUUCCAUUCCGUAGGGAUGUUUCACACUUGCAGAAGCUUGGAGUACAUGGCGUUGUAACCCUGAAUGAACCAUUUGAGACUUUAGUACCAUCAUCAGUAUAUAAGUCGCGUGGAAUUGAUCACCUUCUUAUUCCUACAAGAGAUUAUAUGUUUGCUCCAUCACUUGUGGAUAUUAGUCAAGCUGUUGAUUUCAUUCAUAGAAACGCAUCUCGUGGGAAGAUGACAUAUAUUCACUGCAAAGCUGGAAGGGGACGGAGUACAACGAUUGUCUUGUGCUAUCUGGUGAAGUACAAGAAUAUGACACCUACCACAGCAUUUGAGCAUGUGAGAUCUAAAAGGGCUAGAGUGCUGCUGACCCGUUCCCAGAGGAAGGCCAGCUUCACCGCCUCACAGCCGCAGCAAGACCCCGCUUGGGGCAGCAUCGUGAAGACUAAGUAACCUGAAGCUGAUGGCUCAAGUAGCCCAGAUGAACCUCCCUUGUUCUCUUAUUUCCUUGCAAGAUCAUCUAGAAUAUGCAAGAAUCCCCCUUGUAGCUAUUUUCAUGCAUACUGGUCUUGAACACCCAGAAUAUGUGUAGUGUGUGCAUCCAUUGGUAUCCGCCAGAUUUCAUAACUUUUUAUCUGAAAUUUGAUUUCCCUAGAAUGCACCAUGAUAAAUGCUUAUGAGAUGAGAAUCCAUUCAUGUACAUCAUCUUAUCUUGUCCUUUUUAUGUACUUAUCUUGUCCUUUCUUUCUCCUGUUUUCCCCUGAUUAUGACUGUAAUGGAAGCUCUUAUUUAUACAGUGCAUAUUGGAACUGAAUUGAUCUAUCUCCGCAUUUCAUUUAAUUUUGCUUUGCCCUCCUUUUGCAAGUAUUAUUUUGUACCAAAGAAAGAAAUCUUUUUUUUUGCGGGGAAAGAAAGAAAGAAAUCUUUGUUCAUAAACUUGUGAUUUUGGUACUGUUCUCUGAAAGUAGACCAUAGUUUUUUGUGGUCAUACGAAUUUAGUGUAUUCUUACACGAUGUAUAACGCUGUAUCAUUGAUAUAUAUGCCUGGUUGUUCAUUUCUAAUAUUAUUAUUCUGUGCUGCUAUUUGCAGCUUUCCAUUGGAAGAUCAUUUGUUUAGUGGAUAUGGAUGCGAUGUUGCUGCCCAUUUGAUCCGUGAAAUUUUGAAAUCAAUGCACGAUUAUUUUAUGAUCUUUCUUUGCUAGCUGGUCAUCAAUGCUUUGAUAUCAGUCCUUUGAUGUGGACUGACCGCCCUUUUUUGCCAAUGCAGUGCAUCAAUCACUACGGAAGCGACAUCGGCGAGAUUAGAGUCGUCUGUUCUAUACAGCAAUAAUUUGAUCAUGGUCGGAAAUAUAAUAAUAUUGUACAUCGGUGAUUGUUGAUUAGGGUCGUUUUUUGACUUCUAAAUAUUCAGAAUUCAUGUUAUAGUUUGAUAUUUUUUCUUCUAAAAUGUCAACUUGCAGCAAGCUUCUCAUAUAAUGUUUUGUUCUGACGCAACAAAAAUACUGUUAUGCGGAUUUGGUGCUUGGAUGUAUGAAAUUUAUAGCAA